AUGGAGCCGGCCAGGCGGGUCGCGGCGCCGCCGCUGCUGCUGUGGGCCACGGCGGCGUUAGCGUUGUUGUUGUUGUUAUCGGCUCCAGGCCUUGCCGCUGCUGGUCAGUAAUGGCGCUCCUGGCGGGGCCUCGCCUUCCUGGGGCCGAGUUUGGGGAGGGGGAGGGAGUGACAGGCGGUUGGGAGAGGGAGGGGGCGGCCUUCACCACAGAGGGGCUGAGAGGGAGGCCGAGGGAGGGGGGCUUUAGCAGGGGAAACCCCCCCCCGUUACACCCCCACCCACCCCCACCUGUCUUGCAGGGUCAGCAUCACCCUCAUUGAAAUUGCUUGUACGGUGCCUUGUCAAAUAGGCUUCACCUUCGCCAUAUGUCAUGCUCCGUAGGGCACCUGGCAUUGUGCUUCCCGGUGAAUUUGGAGAGCAAUAGUUGGGGGAGACCAGCCUGGUCUUCUCAUCCAUUGCCCCGGAGAAGGAGCAGCUGCUGCUGCAUGCAGCUUCUUGCUUGCACCUACCCUGCCAUAGAUCGCUAGGGAACUAAAAACUAGUGCCUGAGUUUGCUGCCGCUGCCGCCUCCCCCCUUUUUUGUUUUGCGGUAGAUUGUAAGCCCGAGGGAAGGAGAGGUCUUGUUAAUUGAGCUCUGUGAGCUGAUUCGGGCUAGCGAGGGGGGCGAAGAUACUUCAGAUGUGUGAAUAAAAUGGUGGGACUGUUGUAACUUGGUUGCACCAAGAGAUGCAACCUUUGGGGCCAUGGCUGGCCCAAUGCUGCUUUCCUUCUGUCUCCUAAAUUACUUUUAAAUUGAAAUAUUACUGCCUUUCUUCUCUUCUGCGUCCCAUACACACACACUCACGCUGACUCAGGUGGGUUUAUGUUGUGCAGCACAGUAGCACAUUUGACAUUUCAUGAAUUGACUGAAGGUGUUUUCUUCUAGUUCCCAUGCAUAAUGCCUGUCACUUACCUACACUUGCCACUUACCCAAAGUAACAGAGCCCUCUUGCCUUUGCCCACUCCCUAACAGACGUUAACGUUCUAUGCUAAUAGAUUGGUGGCGAGUGUCAGGGAGGCAAGUGCAUUUAAACUUGACAAAGUGCACACGUGGAAUGUGUAUAUGGGCAAGGUUUUCCUUGUAGCCCAUAUUCUGUUUAAAUAACGGUUGCGUCUAUGGCUUGGGCAGAAGAGAGAGAAGACCCUAGACUAUUGGACUGUAGGGGAUUUCACGUAGCAGGUAAGCCACUAAGCUGCCUUGCUUGGACCAUGGGAGAAGAUGUUGGAUUUUACUCCCACAUACUUAUGUAGGUGAAUUUUGGCGUCCCGGUGAUUUCUUCAUAUGCCUCUCUGGUUCAUUUGUUCCUGUGGGUGAGCUGGCAGGAGGCAGUGAAUUCACUUGCUGGUGAUGCAGCAAAGAGCCCAAAUGAAUUGGAUACUCAUAACAGGUGGUACUCAGAGAUUCAUAACACCGGUCAGUGGGGCACAGCUUUAUUCAUUUAUUUAAUGGAAUUUGUAUACGACAUAAUUGUAAAAACCUCGAGGUGGUUUACAUAAAAUAAAAUAUGCAUUAAAGUUAACAAUAAAAGUCAAAGUUAAAAACAAUCCAACAAAAAUCAAACUAAAUAAAAUCAGUAGUUAAAAUGUAUUAAAUGAUGUUUUAAAAUACAUGCUAGUGUUACAUAUCUGAAUAGACUUGCCCAAACAAAAAAGUUUUUAGUAGGCACUGAAAACAAUACAGCAGAUGCAUGCAUCUGCCUAAUGUCAGUGUACAGGGAGUUCUAGAGUGUAAGUGUUGUCACAACAAAAGUGAUUCCUUACAAGUGCAGAAUAACACUUUGUGUCAGAUCAAAGUGAGCAUUUAUGGGGUAAGCAAUCCUAAAGUAAAUGGUUCCAUGCUGUUAUGAGUUUUAUAUAUGAAAAGUAAUCUUUUGAAUUUCAGAUUGGCCGUUAAUGCAGUUUUUUGUACAGAGAUAAUGUCUGGAUAGGCAUGUAGCUGAGGAAAGAUAAAGGGCUGGAGAGUGUCUGUAUAUUGAAUAGCUAACCCAAGGGCAGCGGUUGCAAGUAACUGGUUAUUUUGAAUGCAUAGUGUACCUUUGAAUGUAUUUUACAUUUUAAAGCAUAACAACAACCCCACUGCAUGUAUGUAGCUAAAACCAGAACACUUACUAAUCCCUCUUUCAUAUGCACCAUAGCUCAGUUUUAUAGUUUUAUCUCAGCCUAAAGAUUCUUUGGUCGUUUUCUUUUCCCAUCCUGUUAAACAAUUUGAUGUGGAAGUUCUAAUUACUAGUACUAUGAGCAACUUUCUGUGCCACUUGACAACUUAUCUCAACCAAGGAUAUGAUUAGCUGUUUUAAACUAGCCAUCUGGACUUUUCCCAUAAGUAUUUUUUAGGAUAAUCAGUUCUGUGAAGCAAAAGAAAGGAAUCAAUCAUUGUGGCUUGUUGUUUUAUGCAGGAACUGUGUUUCAGGGUUCUCUUUUUAUCCUUUACAAUGACCAGGACACUAAAAAGGACAGUUAUCCAACAAUAACUUCUGCUCAUGCAAUGGAACUUCCCUUCCCUCUUCUCCCCUUCAUCCCCCAAUCUACUCUGGAGGGUUGAGGGAAUCUCCAGAACAGAUUUGUGAGGGUGAGGAUGGCCACAGUUGGUGUAUGGGGGGUAGAGAAGUUCCAUGACAUGAAUGCAAGUGGUUCUGCAGAUGCAAUGACUUCAUUGGAUAAGCCCAUUAACAUGCAAUGUGUCAUCCUCCUGUCUUCUGGCACAAGCAUUUUAAUACUUGUGAAGUUUUGGUUGGCAUACAGUAAUUAACUUUGGAAUGAGGUUUUUUUAUGCUAACCUUUUCCCACAAAAUAACACAUUUUUAUGUGUGGAUGUAGAUUUACAUUACAGUCCUUGCAUUUUGCAAUUCACAAGUUAAACACACAGGGUGAUAGCCAACUAAAUUGUAUUCAGAGUCAGCCAAUUGAAAUCUAUGGACUUAAGUUCAAGUUCAUUUCAGUCGGUCUACUUGACUUCAUUAGAUUUCACUCAAAGUAUAUUUAAAAAGACCAGUUGGCAAAAGUGCACAGCUCAAGAUAAGACUGAAAUCUGGAAUUGGCUCUAGAUAUUCCAGAGUGUGUGCAUGGUCAAUUUGUCAUAGGCUUCCUUGAAUACUGUAAUAACAUGCUGACAAAUACCUGAGAUGGGUUUUGAAAGCAUCAGUCAUGUGAUCCAGCAGGAAGUCUGCUCAUAAAGCCUUUCAGGGACAAGAACAUCUAGUUUCUGUCUCUUCAACCUUGAGAAAGUUUAUGGCACUUCCUGGAAAUAAGGAAUCAGAGACUGUAGCUAUUUUGACUUUAGAGGUAAUUUGCCUAUCUUUGUUCCAGUUUUGGUUUUUUGUUGGGGGUUUUUUAAACAGCAAUGUACAUUUCAAGAUGUCUCCACUGCUUCCCCACCCCCAAAAGAGCUCUCCAGCAGAGACAAACACACACAAACCCGAAACCCAGGCUCCCAACCUAGCCUGGGGAACAUCUCUUUUCACCCUGCUCCUGACCACACUACAGAGAGCAGGUGGAUUCAGGGCUUCUGAAUGCUACUUAAACACAUUCCAAGCAAGAAGGAUCCCAGCAAAGCAGACCCCUGCAACUACCAAGACUGCACCCUUGGUGUGCAAUUCCUGCAGUGCUGCUGCCCAUGCUCGACUUCUAUAUUAGGCCUGCUUGGCAUCCCCAUUCUGGCAUUCCCCACUCUCACAUUGUUGCCCCCAACAUGUCCCUGCUCAGUGUGGUUUAGGCCCCAGCUGUUUCCACAGCCACCAGUGCCACCUUCUCCCACUCUAUGACUGCCACUUGCCCAACAGUUGGGCCACUUGCUGCAUUAUGGGAAGCAACCACUGAAGCUGGACCAACUCACUCACCCCUCAGUUGACACUAACAUCAGAUGUCACCACCACCCUGGAGGCCAGAGAUUGACUGUCCUUUGGCACUGGCUCAGCACAGGGACAGUAGCCAGCUCUUCUCCUCUCCUGAUUCUGGGGUUAGGUUUUCUCUUCCUGCAAAUCCCAGCAGCUAUUUUGUGCAGGGUUCAGUUCAGUUCAGUUUGACCCUGUGUGUGUGUUCCCCUGCUGGGAACAGGCACACUCAGUCAGAACUCCUUGAAAGUCCUCUUGCAGACAGCAGAUGCUGGCUGACUCUCCUUCCCACCCAGUCCCAGAUUGCUCAAGGUGACUUGACCUGGGGUUAUCUUGACUCAAUUUGGUCCAAGCCCAGAUCAGCCUGUUUCAGUGUGGGCUUUGGCCGAAUCCAGUGCACAGCCCUGUUACUUUUAUGCCACAUAUGGUUACAGUAUUUUCAGGUGUUGUCAUUGUAAAAUAUUUUUAAUAUUAUUUUCAAACAAAAACCAGGAAGACAUUACAAGUACAGUGGUACUUUGGGUUAAGUACUUAAUUCGUUCCAGAGGUCCGUUCUUAACCUGAAGCUGUUCUUAACCUGAGGUACCACUUUAGCUAAUGGGGCCUCCCGCUGCUGCUGCGCCACCAGAGCAUGAUUUCUGUUCUCAUCCUGAAGCAAAGUUCUUAACCCGAGGUACUAUUUCUGGGUUAGCGGAGUCUGUAACCUGAAGCGUAUGUAACCUGAAACGUGUGUAACCCGAGGUACCACUGUAAUUGCAAGUGUAAGAGCACUGAUGGGAAUGAGCAUGUUACAUCAUACUGCUGUCCAGAAUGCAGAACAGACACUUCUCAGCUUUGAAAGUUUUAGCCCACCAUCUGGAUUCAAAAUGUCAUAUAAUGGUAACCAAAUAUAGAUCACCUCUACGUUUCAGGAACUAUUGUGCCAAAUUGGGUGAUGGUCUCUUCUGAGUUGUCUCAAACGCCACAGUUUGGACUCAUCACACCAAAUUGGGCAACAAUACCUUCAGAGGCUAAAGAAGCACCUGAACCCAUAGAUGGACAAACCACUCCCCCAAAACAUAUAAUGGAAAGUCAAAAUAAAUAUGAGCAGAGUAAGCUUCCAAAUAGCCGUAUAUCAAUACUCAUAAUUAUAGGGUCCCUCACAUUAUUUAAAAAGAAAUUUACUUUUUUUGUUGGGCAGAUAAAAUGUCAAUCUGUUUUCUAGGAGUUUAAUGCUGGGAACAGUAACAGAGUCAAUGAGCCCUUCUCCACCAAUUUUUGUUUCACUUAUCAAUCAAUUGUUGAACUUAAGGGAAAAACUGUAUAAGUACUAAAAAAACAACUAAAUAAACUUGACCUGUUUUUCUCCUUGCUUUGGAAAGAGCGUCUAUUUGCUAACAAUCAGCUGUGUUUGUCUACAACUUAAUAUAGAGCUUGUUCCUUCAGAGAGAUGUUAACAUGAUGCAAUGAGAAUGAAACACUGCUUGCUUCACUCUUAAAGAUACACAUGAAAAUACACUUACCAGUUCUGGUGGUUCAGUGGGUUCGAUUUAAAAUUAUUUGUAACUUGAUAUUUUCUCUCUUUAUACGUCUUCUUAAUAUUAGUCUGCUUAUAUAUGGAAUUUAAUACAUACAGUAAUCACUUCAGUUUCAUAGUUGUAAAGCAAAUAAAUUUUCAAAGAAAAAUAGACCUUGUAUCGUCAUUGCAGUUCUCUAGCAGAGUUUUUUCCAGUGCAAGCAGAACUACUCAUUAAAAAUCUUGAUGAAAUCGUAUCUACUUAGGAUUUGCACUGUCUGCCACUGUUGUUGUUGAGUCGUUUAGUCGUGUCCGACUCUUCGUGACCUCAUGGACCAGAGCACGCCAGACACUCCUGUCUUCCACUGCCUCCCGCAGUUUGGUCAGACUCAUGUUUGUAGCUUCGAGAACACUAGGUGAUUUCUAAUAAUGUGGUAUGAUCCCACCCCCCGCGCUGUUUCUACAUCUUUUCCAUGAAGACUCAAAAUGACUGGCUUGGCAUUAAGUAAAGCAGCAGGUUUAACUUUAAAAGUAAAACAAAACCAAAGUUCUCACUGCUAACCUGCAAGCUUUAUGAAAACAGAUAAUAUAAGAUAAAAGGAAAGUAUUUCUUUACACAGCACAGAGCAUUUGGUGGAUCACUGUAAGAACAGGAUGCUAGACUAGAUUCAGCCUGAUUCAGAAAGCUCAUCUUAUGUUAUCAGUGUCCUUUUUGCGAUCUCUUCUAUGAAAUGCAAUUUUUUGGCUCUUCUGUGACACGGGUGGCGCUGUGGUCUAAACCACAGAGCCUAGGGCUUGCCUAUCAGAAGGUCGGCAGUUCAAAUCCCCGCGACGGGGUGAGCUCCCGUUGCUCGGUCCCAGCUCCUGCCAACCUAGCAGUUUGAAAGCACGUCAGAGUGCAAGUAGAUAAAUAGGUAGUGCUCCAGCAGGAAGGUAAACUGUGUUUCUGUGCGCUGCUCUGGUUCGCCAGAAGCGGCUUAGUCUUGCUGGCCACAUGUCCCGGAAGCUGUACGCUGGCUCCCUCAGCCAGUAAAGCGAGAUGAGCGCCUCAGCCCCAGAGUCGUCCGUGACUGGACCUAACGGUCAGGGGUACCUUUACCUUUACCUAUGAUUAGUAGAGCUAUAAAAUUAAGAGCUUGUCUCUAAUACAGUGUAUUAUUUCUUGAAUAUAUUUUAUACAUUGCAGAGAUCAGAUGCCAAUAAAAGAUACCAAUAUCUACAAGCAAUUUAAACUGUGGAGUGACAUUUGGGAUGGGAGAAUAAGUGUUCUACCACACUUUUGAUGAGAGCAUGAUUUGUUCAAAUAUUUUGUUGUUGAAAUUGUAAAAAGUUACAAAUUUAAACAGAGGCUUUGUGUGGCUGAUACUUUCCAGUGGAUUCCCAUUCUGUUCAAUAAAAUUUAGGUGCCUUUGUUCCAUCUAACUUCUAUUAAAGUACUGUUUAAUUUUACAGAUGAAGAAGGAACUCAAGAGGAGCCUUUUGAAUCAAAGGUGAGCACAGAAUCUCCGUGUGUGAUUCUUGCUGAUAAAAACCAAUAUGAAUUUUCCAGUUACCGACAGGUGACAAAAGAAUUAUUAUGUGGAAUGUAAAAAGUGCAAUAAAUAUACAUACAAGUACCUUAGACUAUAAUUAUAAUUGUUCCAUGACAUGGAGCAGAAACAGUAAUUUCAACUUGGAUUUUAAAAAAUGGUGGGCAAGAUCCAGCAUUGCAUGAAUGGACAUCCAAUAGUGCAAAGAGUCUUCUUCAUUCUGUCUUCCAAACCCUCCAGAUGUCCCUGCAGUGGCAGGUUGGGAUACCCUCCAGAGCAGAUCGGGGGGGGGGGAUGCAGGGGUUUGAGGGUGGAGAGGAGAAACCAAAGUUCUUUUGCGCAAGAAAAUGGUCAUAAUCUGAUCUCACCCAAAGAAAAUUUGGGGCUGGGGUAGGAUAGUGUAGUAGGAAAUAGAUGAGCUGCUGUGAGUAGAGAACAGGUUUACAUGUUAAAUGAAUGCACUAGAUUCUGAAAGUAAGUCUGAGUAAGUGAACAGGGCACAUAUUCAAAAGAAUAAUAAUGCUCAAAUCCUUUGACUCUUUGCAUGCAUUUAGUGUACGCCUAAAUAUGAAAAACUCCAGCUUUGUUUGCAUUUGUCAAACAUCUGCAUAUGAGAGGUGAUCAGAAGCUUUUAUCUACUUAAUUCUCCCUGCUGCUCAUUACCUAGACAACCUUGCCUUCUGAGGAACAGGUGAAAGACCAUUCAGCUGGAACCCAUGUGGUAGCAGGUCAGAUCUUCAUUGACUCUGAUGAACCUGAGUCUCACAUUGAAGAUGGAGAGAGUUUCAGAAGCCAAGAAGAGGAAAAGGAAAGAACUUUGGAGGAACUAAAUUCUCUAGAACUGUCAUCCCUAUUAAAUAAGGAUUUGGAAGAGGUAGAAGCACAAAAAGCAGGUAAUCUUGGUUGGUUGGUUGGUUGGUUGGUUGGUUGGUUAUAAGUUGCUUUGGGUUGCCCUGUGCAAAAUAAAAGUGAAUUAAUGACUAAAUAAAAAAAUAAGUUUUGGGCUUGUGUUUCCCUGCAAGAAUACUCUUUUGCUUGAGCUGUGUAAUUGAAGUUUUAUAACUUUUCACAAGUUGAAUUUUAAAACUGGUAAAUUUCCUCAAGAAUAGUAGGAAAUAGUAACUUGUGGUCUCAGCUUUUCACUGGCUUGAUGUAGUUUAUUCAGUCCAUUAAUGGUGACAAAUACUAUUCCUUGGGUUGCAUCGGUUUCAGUGGUAGAAGAUCCAGUUCUUCUCUUUGAAGUUUGUUUCUAUUCAUUAUAGAGCAUAAAGCUGGAAUAAGUAAGGGUAUGGAAUUGUGGCAUCAGAAUUGCUAAUAUUUCCUUUUGAUACAGGUUUAAAGUGGUACUGCUUUGUUUAGCUAUGUAGUCAACCCCCUUUCAUUCCUUGCAUUCACCACAGGGCUACAGAAUUGGUUGGUUUAGAAUCAUAGAGUUGGAUGGGUCAUCUAGUCCAGGAAUCUCAACUAAAGAUCCAGGGUUGCCAUACGUCCGGAAUUUCCCAGACAUAUCCAGAAUACUGCAGUCAGCAGCAGUGUCUGGGCAGCCUGCCAUGGAAAUUUGGUCUAAACAAAACUGGCAAAAAGAGAAUCUUCAAAUGUUUAAAGACCAGUUGGCAUUUAUGAGGAUUUGAACUUUAGGGGUAGGAAUGGAAGGCUGUUUUUCAGCUUGUUAGUUCAUGGUGAGGAAAAGUAAGACUUGUUAACUUUGUACAAAAUGUUGAUGGAGCCUACUUAAGGAAUAAGUCUGCUUUUCAUAGCUCAAUCGUAGGGCUGCUUUGCACCAGUUCUAGCUUUAAUAAGGGGAAGGCUUGUGGCAAGAGGCAAGCGGCUUGUGAGUCUGCAGAGCCUCUUUGGUUGCAAUCUCUUUAUAUGAGAAUAAAGCCAGCUGAAGAUAUAAGAUUGCGCUGUUAUGGUCUUAAACAUGGAACUGAGUACAAGGAAAGUGAAUGUGUAUAAAACUCUCAGAUUUCCCACCUCUAGAACAUUGAUCUAGAAAGGCAUUAGAGAAGUUUAAGUGUAAAGAUAUGCAAAAAUCUGUUUAUUUCCAAAGAACAGUCAACGUUGCUUUUUUUAUCAUAGUUAACUGCAUUCUACUCUUACGUUUCAAAACGAAACACACUCUACAGUAUCUGUAAAUUGAUUCAUAUAUGUUGUUGUUGAUGAUGAUGAUGGUGAUAAUAAUAAUAACAACAACAAUAACUAUAAGUAGCAGUAAUAGUAGUAAAAAAAGGUAAAGGACCCCUGUAAGGUAAAGGUAAAGGACCCCUGGUUAAGUCCAGUCAAAGGUGACUGAGGUGUGGCACACAUCUCGCUUCAGGCCGAGGGAGCCGGUGUCCACAGACAGCUUUCUGGGUCAUGUGGCCAGCAUGACUGAACCGCUUCUGGUGCAAUGCAACACUGUGAUGAGUGCCAGUGUGCACAGAAAUGGUGUUUACCUGCCUGCCACAGUGCUCCCUAUUUAUCUACUUGCACUGGUGUGCUUUUGAACUGCUAGGUUGGCAGAAGCUGGGGCAGAGCAACCCUGUCGUGCGGAUUCAAACCGCCGACCUUCUGAACAGCAAGCCCAAGAGGUUCAGUGGUUUAGACCACAGUGCCACCCACUCCCUGGUGGUGGUGGGUAGUAGUAGUAGUAGUAGUAGUAGUAUACACACGAGUCACCAUUGUAGUUUAACUGGCAAGUGGCUGACAGUUUUUGUCCAUUACUGUCAGCUACUCAGUGCAAAGAAUAUCCAGUGUUAAUAAAGUGUAUUGAACCUGGAAUCUCCCAGAGGUUUGAAACUGCAAGCAAAGCAGUAGUCACUAAACUGUAAUGAAACCUUUUUAAAUAUCUAAUUAUAACAUACUUGAGAAUAGAUGUGCUUCAUGCAUGAUAAACACAGGAUAUAUUGCCUGAUUUUAACUUCUCUCCUAAUGCCACGUCAACUAUAAUCACUGACUUUAUGUAACUUUCAGACUAGCGUUACAUCUGAAAACGACUCAUAGAAACCUAAAGCUGCACAAAUCCAAAGCUGUUUUCUCCUUCUGUUAAGAAACUUUGGCAAUAUCCAUUGUCACACCAGCAGAUGCAACAGGACUUUAUCGCUUCCCCCCAACCCCCAUCUGCUCCAGAGGGUCCCCCAGCCCUCUGGAGCAGGAGUUUGGGGGCAUACCGGGAGCUGCAGGGUGGGAGGAGAAGAGAAAGUUGCACAAGUAGAAGUUCCAUAUGCCCAGAUUUCAUUAGAUGCUAGGAUUGAACAGCCCCCAUCACAGAGGAGAGGUGCAGGGAGCUUCUCUCUUUAAACAAUCAGUGGUGACUGAUAUAGGCACUUUUUCCGGUUUGAUGAGCAGAUUGCAUGCCUGCACCUUUUCCUGGUCCUACCUCCACUUCUGCUCCUUAAAUGUGGUAACCAUUUCCGCCGCCCCCCUGGCCCCAAAGGUUUGGCAGGCCUUCCCCUAUGUCUUUAGCACAGAAAGACCUGUUGAAUUCAAGUAGAUGUGGGAGAGGUUUCCUCUAUAAUCAACUUAAUCAAGCAAUAGCCUUAUAAUAGGUGUGUCAGUGAGAAUUUCACUUUACAGUGCUUUGUUUCUCCUGGUUAUUGAGUUCUUCUGAAUGUCAAAUUGCUUUUCAGCUUGAUAAUUAAUAACAGGAAAUAUGUACACUGUAUGUGAGAGUGUUCAGAGCUGCCUAAUGUGUCUGAAUCGCUAUGCAACAGCAAUGAGACAUGCUGUAAACAACUUUGCACACAUGUGGUCCUUUUGCUGCCAGGCGAUAAUUACUAAUUAGUGAACUACCAGUCUCGUGUGUGUGAUUUCCUGAAUUAUUGUAAUUUCCAGAGCUUCUAACUAAUCCUAACUAUGUGUACGCCUAUUGAAUUUUAGUGGGGUUUAUUCCCAGGGAAGUUGGGAUAAGAUUGCCAUACUGAAAAUUGAUACUUUGAUUUAGGUUGCAAUCUUAUAGACAGUUUCUACAUUUUGAAAGGAAAAUACCAAAAGAUGCCACAUGUUCUAUUUUAACUAAAAAGCUGGGUAAAAACAAACUCUUAGCAGCAGUUGAGCUCCUUCCUUCAAGAUAUGUUAAUAAUGCAAGAUAUGUUGGGUUGUUGCUGUUGCUGUUUUUAGUUUUGACAGCCAUUGGAGGAACUGCAGAUGGUGAGCCAUGCUACUUCCCCUUUCUUUUUCUGGAGAAGGAAUACUCAGAAUGUACUGCAGAUGGAAGGGAAGACGGUAGACUCUGGUGUGCAACAACCUAUGACUACAAGGCUGAUCAAAAGUGGGGCUUCUGUGAAAGUAAGUAUGGCAGCUAUGCUAAGAGAUUCCAUUACUGACCUGCGUGAGAUUAAGUCAAUGAAUGGUGCUGAGACAGAAAUUGAAUACCUGUUCUUAGAACAAUAGGACUUGGGGGUCAUCUGCUGAAGUUAUUUGGGCCAGACAAAAUAAUAAGUGGAUUAGGCUCCUCCAAGGUCUGGUGGUGGCCAGUGGCUUAGAUGGCUCUAACAGGAAAUUAGCCAGAUUAUUUGGGGAACCUCCAAGUACCCAGUGUUGAAAACAAAACAAGAUGAGGUUACUGUUGCCUUUUUGCUUUGUGAAUUUCCCUUGAUCUAGCUGCUUUCCCACUGUUUCCCCCACAGUGGUGGGAAAGAAGCUGGAAAAGGGUGCUUUUUACUUAAGAAAAAGCUGUGGGGACAAAACUUGGAACUGACAGCAGCAUGCAGUUUGAUGUUAAGGAACUGUAAAUUAACCUUUCUGGGAGAAUAAAAGUUGCUCUGGUCGCCAUGAAGUAGUAAAUAUAUCUUCACAUUAACAGUUAAAUGAAAAAAGCGGAAGUAAGCGUGAUUUCUUUUUUUCAAGAGAAGGAUACGAUUUUACUUUCCAGAGUUCAAGAAGAUGCUUGUCACUCUUUUUAACAUGACCACCAAACUCUGUGCUAGGUAUACUUUUGACUAUUUUCAGUUCAUGGUUAACUUUGUUUCCUUCUGAGCCUUUCCCCUUUUGGCUUCUGCAAGACAAAGAAAUACGAAGCACAGUGGUUUGUUAAAAGCACAGGAACCCAAUGUGAAAUAUGUAGGUUGUGGCGUUCUGUAACAGUCCAGAUAGCUGCCCUGAGAACAGUGUGAGCAGUGUCUUGGUGGCUAAAGUAUUAAUUACUCUUUUUUAUACUUUUCUUUAAAAAAAAAAAGCUGAAGAAGAAUCUAAUAGGAGAAGACAAAUGCAAGAGGCAGAGGAUGUUUACCAGACUGGAAUGAAAAUCCUUAAUGAAAGCAGUAAAAAGGCCCAGAAGAAAGAGUGAGUUACGUGUGUGAGAGAGAGAAAGAGAAUUAGGCCAGUUUUUAAAUUUAUAAAUGUGACUGGCCAACUUUAUUUUAUACUGCUAAAAUUUUGUUUUCAAUUGCAAAUAAUACAUAAAGAGGAAUGCAGUGGUUUCAAAUCCAACUUCAUAGAACUUUUGCACUUACUAGGAGCAAGUGAAAUUUUAAAGAACUGUUGUAAUGAGUUUAACUUGUCUCAUCCAAGUAUAUGAGUAACUGUAAUCUUGGAUAGGUGGCAGAAAAGCCCAAGAAGGAUCCGUAACCUGGGCACAGCUGCUGAGAAGGCUUCUUUCUACAUUCUCACCAGACAUGCCUUAGAGAUAGUUGUUUACAGUCUCAAGUGGGAGCUUCCAUGUGUAGGUCUUCCAUGCUAGAACGGAGGAACUGCCUCCAUACCCUAAAACUACUUGGGUUCUGGCUAUCUAGGAAACAAGCAAAGAACAUUUGUUGUAUGAUACUGGCUCCUUGGAUCCUUUCCUGUGUAGGUUUUGGCCUGGUUUUGUGACUGAAACUUACUUUGUUACAGUGGUGGGUGGUCCAUGCUAUGAACUGGGCAAUGUUGUGUUUUUCUGUUGGUUCUGCUGGACCUCUCCAUGGCUCUCAGUACCUUCCACUAUGGUAUUCUCUAGGGCAGAGCUUUCCAAACUACGUGUCACAACAUAUUAGCAUGUCAGCUGCAGUGUGUAGUUGUGUCACCUGAACGCUCCCCACACUCCUCCCGGGGCUGGAAAGGGGUUAGUUUAACCUCCAGUUUUCCAAUAAAACUGAAUUACUGUGUUGCGAAAUGAUGCCUAUCUAAAAAGUGUGUCACCAACAUGAAAAGUUCGGAAAGUUCUGCUCUGGGGGUAUCUCACUGUGUUGGGAGAGGAGCACCAUUUUAUGCCUACCCCUACCUUGCAUAGCAGAUUGUUCCUGCUCAACUUUGUGCCCUUACAGGAUUCUACAAAAUUUUGUCUUGUCCCCAUGCUGCUUACUAUCAACAUGAAAUCGCUGGUGCUGGGUGUCUGUGGAUUUGGAGUUGGGUGUCAUCACUUUGCAGAUGAUACUUACUUACUUAUGUUCACACCUAUUCUUUUUCUUUAAGAGCCUAUCAGUAUCUUAUGAGAGCAGCUGACAUGAAUCAUACAAAAGCAAUGGAAAAAGUGUCUUACGCCAUGUUGUUUGGGGACUACUUGAAGCAAAACGUUCGGUCAGCUAAAGAACUCUUUGAGAAACUGACUGAAGAAGGGUCUCCUAAGGGGCAAACAGUAUGUAUACCUUAAAGUGUCCUCCUUUGUUAAGCAGUGUUUGAACGUUUGUAAAAUUGCAUAUGACUUGCGUUGUGUGGUUUGUUCUAAGGAGUGUGCAUUUCCUCUGCUCGUUGGCAGCCCUCCUUGCAUGCAAUCUGCCAAAAGCAAUGAUCAACCUGUUUUGCUGUCACUGUUUCUGUGUUAUAAGGCCUCAUAUACCUCCAGGGCACCUAUGGCUGAUGUAAGGUUUGCCUGCUCGUUUGGUGUUACCUAAAAUAGUUUGCUCGUAUCAAAGCACAUGUUCAACUAUUCACAUCGACCAUGCUCAGUUGCUCUGAGAGGUAUGGCAGCAGUUCUCAGGGUCAGCCAAGCAGGACAGGUGGUUUCAGUAAGAACUACGUCUGCGUCAUGUUCAUACCAUUUUUAAAGAGCUUCAUAGACUUCAGCUAGGUUUUUUUCCUCUUCAGAAAGGAAAAACGAGGUAGAAUUACUUGUCUAAAUUAUACUUUUUCCUUAACGGCAAAUUUAUUACUGAGAUUAGUAAAACCUGACUUUCCAUUCCAUUUUAAUCUCUCAACAAGCAUAUCACAUAUUUUGGUAUCCACCUAAUCUUCACUGAGUUGGAGCCAAAAUAAAAUCCUGUGUGUAGCUUUUCUGUUGGGGUUGGCGGGGCAGGGGGUUAGCCCAUUGAGGAGCAUAAAGGUUGCAUUGUUGUGAGGUUUUCCUCCUAUUCUCGCUGCAAGCCUAUUUUUAGAUGGGCUCACAGACAAACGAACUCUAAGGGUAGUAAUCUCCAUAAUAAACUUUUAGCUUGUGUACCGUACUAUGUUGCUUUCAGAUUUAAGAUUCAGGUUUUCCUUUCCUGCGCUGCAAAUGUUCUGCCUGGUUACUGUUGUGAAAUGCCUAGUUUGUUGACACUAACAUAAACAUGUUAUGUGGACAAUAUUUCAAAUCCUUUUACUUAAAAAGCUAUGUACUGUUGCAAAAAUCCAUAUUUUCCAAAAGAGUAGUUGUGUAAGUUUCUUGUAACACCUUAAAGAUUAAAUAAUAAAUAAAAAAAACCUUGUGACUUACUCAAGCCAGAUAAGCAACCCUUGCACUGUGCCUGAAAGGUCAGGUAUAUUGCAUGGAUAUAAUCCUGCUAUCUGCAUACUUUGUAUUAACAAUAAAUAUAUAAGCACAGUAACCUUGUAAAGCAGGUUGUAAUGGUAGUUAAACCAGUCCUGAAAUUGCCAAUUGUGAACUGUGUUCUUCCAUUUCAGGCUCUUGGAUUUCUCUAUGCCUCUGGCCUUGGUGUUGAUUCCAGCCAAGCAAAGGUAUGGCAAUUCUACUGAUGUUUCCCCAAGUCUUUUUCUGAUGAAUAUGCCAGUAAAAAUAAUGUUAUUGACCAGCCUCUGCUUUUUUUCUGUAGGCACUAGUUUAUUACACUUUUGGUGCCCUUGGAGGAAAUUUGAUAGCGCAUAUGAUUCUGGUAAGUCCAUUUGUCAUCUAACACACAAGUAAUUGAAUAAAACCUGCAAUGUAUCAUAUUACCAAAAGGAAAGCAUAUUACAAUAUCUAAAAGUACAAGGUGUUCCGUUCUGAAGCAUUCGUUUUAUUUUUAUGGCUUAGUCUGUUUUUAAGUGCAACAUUUCCAUGUUUAGUACUUGAGACCAGCUGCAUAACUCAGUUGGUUGCAGCAUGGUGCUGAUAACACCAGGGUUGCAGGUUCAAUCCCCAUACAGGAGAGCUGCAUAUUCCUGCAUUGCAGGGGGUUAGACUAGAUGAUCCUCAGGGUCCCUUUCAACUCGAUGAUCUCUUGAGUCCAAAGGUCUUUGAAUCAGUCCAUUGGUAUUAAAUAAUUUCUUCAAAUCCUGCUGUAUAAAUAGUGCAGUUGCUCCUAACUUAACACUAAGAAUGUGCAGCUGUCCUCAACAUCUCUCCUUAGACCACAGUUGAGGAGUCAUCCCAGAGGAGUGCAUGCCAGCAGUGGCAGAGGCUAAAACAAAAGUGGGCAGGGGAGCCACACAAAAGCACACUCACAUUCAAGCUCUCUUUGGUACUGCUCAGCUGUUUUUCCUGAUCAGCUGGACCACCAGGGGGCAGAGGUGAGGGAAGAGAUCACUGUGAGAGGAUGAUGAAAGUUCACACCCUGGUUUAGCUAUUAUGGAAACAGCUGUGCAGUGGCAAAGAAGGGACUUGGAGAACUGCUGCUUCAAGGCACUCCAAGCCUGUGGAGUACAUGGCUGUGUGUCUCCUCCAAUGCUCACAAUGCUGUGCCACCUCCCCCUUCUAGUGGUGAUUCUAGAAGAUGGCACUUCUGUGGCCUUGCUUGAAUCUCUGCUACGGAUACGUUGGUGGUCUGGUCCAAACCACCAGUUCCCCUACCCCUGCAUGAGACUGCUUGCAGCACAGGCAGCCUUUUGUUCCCAGUUGUCUACACAAACAUGUUAACUUUCCUCAUUAUUAUUUUUUUAAUGAGACAUUCCUGCAUGUGGUAGAUUUUGGUCACAUAUGCAGGAUGAGAAAGACGCAAACAAAUUUGGUUUUCGGUGGGUUCUCAUAAGCCAAAGCUGCAAGCUAUUAUGCAGGGAACCACUGUGUGGAUGUUUUUAAGAAAGCCUUCCAUGUUAAAAAAUGCCAGAAUUAUAACUGUGUUCAUAAUUUUUCAUGAAAACAAAAUCUGAACCUAGGACAUUGAAUAUGAUGAUUGUCUUUAACCUUUUCUCUCGUGUCACCAUCUGCUUGAAAUAAAUUUAGUUAUAAAACAGCAAGAUCCAUUUUUAAAAUUUGUGUACUAUUCCCAAAUUGUGGUGGAUUUUUUUGUUGUUGUUGUCGUCUUAAUAGUAAGUUGGAAUAACACGAGUGGCUUCUUUCUAGGGCUACCGGUACUGGGCUGGGAUAGGAGUCCUUCAAAGUUGUGAAUCUGCUCUCACACAUUACCGUCUAGUAGCCAAUCAUGGUAUGUGUAUGUUUGUUUAAACAUCUAUUUAUAUAUUUCCCAUUAACUAAAAUGUCCACACUGAACUGUGUGCUUGUCAAGGUUGAUGUCAGUAUGUGAAAGUAUGGAUAUCUUUUUCUGUUCUUCAGUGUGCCUUGAACAGAAAUAAGAUUAGCCUCUUCACAUAAAGUGAAGUUGGUACAACAGCCAUUAUGCAUUUUUAGCAGGACCGGCCCAUCCCGCUUCUCCACCUGAGGUGAAACAGAAAUGUGCUGCUCCUCUCUGUUUUGCCUGCCCCACCACUGCCAGCAGAAGUGAUGGACCAGGUGGGAUGCUGCCUCUUGCGUUUCCACUGCCUGAGGUGGCUGCUUCACCCUGCCUCAUGGGUGUGCUGGCUCUGAUUUUUAGGUUGAACGGAGAAUCUGCACUGUGGCGAAAGCAUAGAAUACAGUGGUGCCCCGCAAGACGAAUGCCUUGCAAGACGAAAAACUCGCUAGACGAAAGGGUUUUGCAUUUUUUGAGUCGUUCCGCAAGACAAAUUUCCCUAUGGGCUUGCUUCGCAAGACGAAAUGUCUUGCGAGUUUGUUUCCUUUUUCUUUAAGCCGCUAAGCCGUUAAUAGCCGCUAAGCCGCUAAUAGCCGUGCUUCGCAAGACGAAAAAACCGCAAGACGAAGAGACUCGCAGAACGGAUUAAUUUCGUCUUGCAAGGCACCACUGUACUUUUUGUAGCUCAGCCUAGUUUUAAGAGAUUCAGUCUCUACUGUCAACAAUAUCAUAUUGAUUUAGGUUUCAUUUCAGAUUUAUUGGCUGUUUCGAACACGCAAGGUAUGGUUCUGUUACAGUUUUCUGUUUAAUCUCUUGCAACCCAUGCUUGGUAACUCCUCGUCCUCUUUUAUAGGGCUUUUGUAUAUUUUUGAGGGGAAGUUCACACAUUUGGGUUUUUUAGGUGUAUGUGCAAGGGGUGUUAAGUUUGUGCAUAAAAAUGUGCAAAUGUGUGCCGCUGAGGUACACUUAUUAGGGCACACAGAGAGGAAGCUGCAGCCAGCCAUUUGAUUCUGCACUUGGUGGCAAGUGUGCAGUGCAGAACAGUUCUGAAUCUGACUGGAAUGGUUCCUCUCUGUUUCUUUUGAGCAAUUGUAUUUGAGUAACUGCUAACCAGGGUUCUUCUUCUCUCUCUAGUGGCUAGUGACAUCUCUCUAACAGGGGGCACAGUGGUGCAGAGAAUUCGUCUUCCAGAUGAAGUAGAAAAUCCAGGAAUGGCAAGUGGGAUGCUAGAGGAAGAUUUAAUACAAUAUUACCAAUUCCUAGCUGAAAAAGGAGAUGUUCAAGCACAGGUAUGGUUAGAUAGAAUGGGAAAUGGUUGUUCUUGGAGAAUGGUAUAACAGCAACAUAUAAGGAAAGUGCUAGAAAGCUAUAGGCCACACAUCAACGUCACUGACUUCAUGAUAAGUUUACUGCAAAGCGCUCUAUGUGGAGCUUCCCUUGUUCUUAAUCUGGAAGCUGCAGUUAGCACAGUUGCUGACAUGAAUGAGACCCUGUCAUACAACGCCUCUGCUCAAAGCUCAAAGGACUGCACUGAUUGCCUGUUUGAUACUGGGCCCAGUUCAUGGAUGUAGUAUUGCUAUAUAGAGGCCUUAAUGGCUUGGGACCAGUUUUCUUAGGGGGAUUGUCUUGCCCCAUAUGUGUCCACCCAACCUCUUUGAUCUGCAGAACUAGCACCGUUACAGGUUCCGUACAAUAUUUGUUCCGCAUUAUAAGAAACGGUUCUUUUGUUAGUUUGGCAGCACUUUGGAACUCCCUGCCUAUUGACAUCAGGCAGAUGCCUUCACUAUAUUCUUUGUGGUACCUGCUUAAAAUGCCUGUCCAGACAUACUAAAAAUACGUGUGUUUUAUUUCUUUUCAGCUGCUGUUGAUUUUAAUCGUUGUUUUUUAAUAUCUUUAAAUACUCAUUUUCAGCAACAAUGUUAAAGUUUUAUUUCACAUUUUUUUGGACCGCUUACAGGAUUUGGUACAUGAUAUUUGUUUUUAAAAGGAAUAACAAUAAAAGGUUGACAUUUUGGGGCAGGUGAGAAAGAUUGUAUCAUAGCAACUAAACUGGGGAUAGGAGUCUGUGAUCCUCCUCUGCAUAUUGAUGGACUCCAAUGCCAAUCAGCCCCAGCCAGUGUGGGCACUGGUCAUGAAUGAUGGGAGCUGUAGUCCAGCAACACUGGGAGGAUCAUAGGUUCCCCAGUUUGUCUGUGGCAUUGUGAGCACAUGAGAGCUUUAGGGAGGAAUGCAUGACCUCUAAAGGUAGAGGAACAGAGACAAUUGUGGGCUCCUUCACUUUUUCAAAAUGUGAGUGACAGUCAAAUUUAAUUAAAAUGUGUGUGUUGUCCUCCUGUAAAGUCAUGAAUGCGUCCAUUUAGCGGCACACCUGUGCUCUGUGCAGCACACUUCAGAGUUGGACACAUUUGUUUGUCUUCAGCACAUUCAGUGGCCUUUUCUUAUGUUUCUUAAGCAGGAGCUGCCCACCCAAGAGGUUCUUGUUGUCCACAGUUCACUGUGAAAUUCACGAUUGACCGAGUUUUUGGCAGAUACAUAAUGACACAGCAUUAACUGAACAACUUUGUAUCUGAAAAACAACCAGACAUAAAACUACACUCAUAACCUACAGACAUCCAACUUAACAACCUUAACAACUCUAAAACACAUAAGUUUUCAAGUCAUAGCAUACUGGUAAAGCAGUGCAAGCCAGUUGCCUGUGUGUGAUCUGAGGCUGUGUUCUACUGGAAGGUUUUCUUUAGUUAGGCUCUCAAAUCUGAUCAUUGCAUUUAGGUAAGUUUUAAACAGGCUAGGAAACAGUGGCUUGGAUUGAAAAGGAAAUUUGGAUUGUAUGGGUAGAACUCAAAGGAAUUUUAUUUUAUUUUUUAGAAAGAAGAAGAUAGGUGUGUUCAAACAUAAAUGUCAUGUCAAGGCAAAACUGCUUCAUCUUAUGUGUGUGUUUGCCCACCUCUGCUCUAAAACAUUCAGUCUGCAGCCCUAGGACGACACAUGGCCCUCAGCCUAAUUUCAAAGGCCCUCUGCAAGUGAUCAGUUCAGAGUUCUGAUGAGCUUGCUGGGGAGGGAGAAAGAGACUCAGGGCCCCAUCCACUGCUGAGACUUGGUCCCUGACAGAUGACCCCUGAGCAAACAUGUCCCUCAACAGAAGGGUUGCCCACCCCUAUUUUAAUGUACAGUAUCAGUAAUUUAUCACUGCUUGCUGGCUUCAGGUUAUUGUGAUUAAUGAAGCAGGGCAAUCACCUCCUCAAAGUAUUUUCUUUCCCUUAUUGCAAUAUGUUUUGCUCAUUAUAUACAUGACAAGUUUUCAAUUAAUGUUCUAGGUUGGACUUGGGCAGUUGCAUCUGCAUGGCGGAAGAGGCGUAGAGCAAAAUCAUCAGGUAUGGUUCAUUUGCUGUUUUGGUAAUGCAGUGAAUGGUUCAUAGAGUCUUAGUUGGAAGGGUCAUCUAGUCCAGUGUCCUACAAUGCUGUCCCCCAUCCUAUUUGAAACUAUCCUGGUCCCUGCUUAGCUUUGCAAAUGUGCUGGCAGUUUUAUUGCUGCACCAUUAGUAAUCAAUUAACAGUCAAUCAAUUUUAGUUGCACAUUAAUUGCAUUGUAAUAGUAUUAUUAAUUAAUUAAUUAAUUAAUAUUCCGCCCUAUACCUGGAGGUCUCAGGGCAGUUCAUAUAAAAAGUAACUGGGUGCAUAUAAAAAGUAACUGGGCUGAAACUGGAAUGCUAUAUGUAUAAUGCAGCAGCUAUCUGUUCUGUUGCUGUUUUAUGACUGUUUGAUAAUAAGCACUUAAGAAUUUCAGUACUUAAUAGAAAUCUUGAAGUUAGGAAAGUGAACAUGCAAGGAGCAUGUUAAUGCACAAGGUGUAUCUCAGCUUUUGUAUUCUUAAGCUGUUUCAUAUAUAAGAUCAUACAUCUGUCUGAAAUGAGAAUCUAGUUUACAUUGUGUACCUGAACCAAAGCCUGGCUUGGGUUGUUUCUGUUCUGGAAACAUCCAGGUUAAACUGCUGUAUUGCGUUAAAUGUGGCACUGCCUUGAAAGAUAAUUUGGGACCUACAGCUAAUGCAGAAUGCUGCAGGUUGGUUGCUAACGGGGACAAGAAGGCUUGAACAUGUAACACUGGUUUCUGGCCCAACUUCAUUGAUUGCCAAUUUGUUUCCAGCCUCAAUUAAAAGUUGUGGUUUUGAGGCUCUGAAUCACCUUUCCCCAUAUAAACCUGCCCUGACCCUGAGAUCAUCAUUGGAGGUCCUUCUCUGAGCACCACCCCCAAAGACGGUCCGGAAAGUGACAGUGAGAGAAUAGGCCAUUUUUGUAGUAACUUUCCCUACUUUUGUAAUACUUUCCCAAGGGAGGCUUGCCUGGCACCAACUCUUCCAUUGUUAUGGCACCAGGAAAAACUGUUUUCAUUUUCCUGAGCACUUGGGCAGCACCAAUAAUUGGGUACUUUUACGCCAGUUAGGUUUAUGUAUUCUUUACUGUAUCAUCAUGUUUUAUGCUUGUAAAUUGAUUCAGGACAUUAUGUUAUGGUAAACAGUUUAUGAAUUUAGUUAACUAAUACAAACUUGCUCACUUGGCUGAGUAUUACUGCCAACUUUUCAAGAUUGCCAGGUCAAACAACACAACAAAGAGCACAUUUAACUGAGUUCUGCAAUUAUGUAGCAAUAGUUAUGGAUCUUUUCUCUUAUUCCAUUCUCUAGCGAGCUUUUGAAUACUUCAAUCAAGCAGCUACUGCUGGUAACUCCCAUGCUAUGGCAUUUUUGGGAAAGGUAAGACAGACACACAGUACGUUUGGGAAAAUAUUCUGUGUUGUCACUGAAAUCAACUGGCUAACUGCUUUUUUAAAAAAAAGAUCUAAAGGUGAACCUGGGUGCUUAAGAUGGGCCUUUGGUCUAAUUCAGCAGGGCUGCUCUUAUGUUACAUCCCCCCACCAUGAAAGUUUUUCCUUUAAGUGUUUUCGAACUUUAGUUAGUUGGGCAGCAAUGUUUCUGCUUUAGUUAGAGCGGAAGUUACAGUAAAGUGUACUAAAGUUUCAUUAUGCAUGAAAGAGUCUCUCAGCUCAUGUCUCUUUUUCUAAAUAAUCUUCAGUUACAUUUUGUUCUUCCAGAUGUAUUCAGAAGGAAGUGAUAUUGUACCUCAAAGCAAUGAGACAGCUCUUCAGUACUUCAAGAAAGCUGCUGAUAUGGUAUGUUUCUACUAAAUGAGCAUUUUAAUUUUCAUAGUUGUCAUAAAAGUACAGUGUUUGAGGUCCCAGUCAAUAAGGCGCAUGACGCCUUGUGCUGACGGUACAUAGGCCCCCAAACUGUCUUCAGAAUUAUUUAUAAAAUCAUUCUUGGAUGUUGUCAGAGGCAGUUUACAGAAAAAGAAAUAAAAUACAAAAUUGAUAGUAGCAGUUAUAUAAUCAAUAACCUAAGACAGAGAGCAGUUUAAAACAAAUAGAACACCAACAGGACCAGUGUCUGAAAAAAGGAAGAGUUUUUAAGGCCCAUUUAAAAAUCGGCAACUCUGUAAGGAGGCAGUUGCACAUUUCUGUCUGUCAUCACAGAAAAGGUUCUGUUUCUUGUGCCCCAGCUUAACUGCAGGUACAUGAACAAGUCCUCUGAGAUAGAUCUUAUUGCCUGCAUAAGUUUGUACAGGUGUAGGCAGUCCUUCAGAUAAUAAGUUCUCAAACUAGUUGGAACUUUGAAGGUCAAAAUCAGCACUUUGAGAUAACAGUUCAUUCCUUUUCACAUGCCUUCAGCCCAAGAAUUAUACCUUCAUCACUGCCUGAAGCUAUCAAGUGUCUGACAUCAAAUUUGUCCUAGCUUUCGGUGGAAUCAAGAAUUUUACAGAGCACAUACGAUAGGUCUAAACUUGGCAUUGUGAUGCUUUUUUGAAGGCCUAAAAACAUGUGUUCUUUUAUUCUUCGGAAUGUUAGAAAUACGUGGUGAAGAUCUAGAUUCAAACUUGUAAUUGCAUUCCAAUUUAUUCCCUUUCAUUUUUUAGGGCAAUCCAGUAGGGCAGAGUGGCCUAGGGAUGGCUUAUCUGUACGGAAGAGGUGUUCCAGUGGUAAGUCUGCCUGGCACUUUAAUGUGGCAGUACUAAUCUUCUAGGAAAGAGCCGUUUAUGUGUACAAUAAGUGACUCCCUUGCCUUGAAAAAUUAAAGCCGGUUGUAUUUAUGUAGUGCCAUCACUCUGCAUGGUGCUUUAGGGUGCAAGAGGGCAGGGCUUGAAGCCCAUAAUUUGACCCGGGGGUGAACAGGAAGAAAGGCAGAGGUAAACAGGGAAAGAACAUAUAUUUCAGUUAUAUGUAGUUGUGAUUAAUUACGCUUGGGCAUUGGGAAUAUGGGAUUUUGCCAAAGGCUUCAUAGAAAAUGUAGGUUUUGAGAAUAUGAGGAAGUUCUGAGAAUCAAAACAAUAAAGUGCAGCAAGGGAGAAAAUACAGAGUUGCUUAAGAGAGCCGGGUGGGGGAGUGGGGUUGGCUGUUCUGUGUGACAGUGCUGGAUAACGGAAGGUCAUAUUUGAGGAUGUGUUGGGAACAAGAAGGAGAGAGAGGGCUGUCCCAUAAAUCACAAGGAAUCCCAUUUAAUCACAAGGAAAGGGAGCUUCUGCUAGAUCUGAGACCAGACAGGAAGCCCACAUAGAGUAACUUGAGAUUGCCAGGGCUCAAGUUCAAUAUAGCUUUCCCCUUCUAGUAUCAAUAUCUGUCUGCCGUGAUAUAUCAGUUGCCCAUUAUCCACACUUUCCAGAAACAGCUGAAGACAUUUUUGUUCUGACCGACUUUCCAAGCUGGACAAAUGGGAAUUUAUCACAAGUUUACACUUGUUAGGGUCUUAGUUUUGUUUUAAAUGUAUUUGUUGUUGCGUUUUUAACUGUUUUAAUUAUAUUGUGCGGAAAUUGCCUUGAGAUGCAGGCUUAGAAGGCAAUUAAUAAAUUAACUGUAGUAAUAAUAAUAAUAAUAUAAUCCAGUAAUAGCUGUAAAAGUGUCUGGUAAAACUUUCAAAGUGAAGUAGAACUCCAACAAUCCUGAUUAUCAGUUGUCUUUGUCUUCUUGCAGAAUUAUGAGCUAGCCUUGAAGUAUUUCCAGAAGGCAGCAGAACAGGGAUGGGUUGAUGGGCAGCUUCAGCUGGGCUCCAUGUAUUACAGUGAGUGACUUUACGCCUAUGUUCAGUAUCUACAGCUUGGAGUCUGCAGUACUAGUUGGUGACCAAGAGGUGGCAGUUGCACUCAAAAAAUAAUAGUAAUUGGUUGGGUUUUUAAGAGUAAAAAUACUUGCUUUGUAAUUUUUCAUUUUCAAUUUUGACAUAGGCCAAAACCAGUAGACAUAUAAUGUACAUAAGUACCACCACCACCACCCCGGUGGCAUCAAAUUUAUUUCCCCCGCUGUAUUUGGUCAUUUGAACAGAUAUCCUUCUUGCUGAAACCAUUUCAAAGAACUGACCUGAGUACUUUCUCUUUUCUGUGAACAAUAGGAAAGUAAAUAUUAUGUUACUGACCAGGACUGGGGUGUGUGUGUGUGUGUGUAGAGACAGAGAAAAAUACUACUGCACACAUCACGUAAAACUCUGGAAUUUGUUACCAUGCAAUGUAGUGGUCACCACCUUAGAUGGCUUUAAUAAGCAUUUGGACAAAUUAAAAAUUUAAGAAGAUCGCGAAUAGGGCACAGGUGGCGCUGUGGGAUAAACCACAGAGCCUAGGGCUUGCCGAUCAAAAGGUUGGCGGUUCGAAUCCCCGCGACGGGGUGAGCUCCCAUUGCUCGGUCCCAGCUCCUGCCAACCUAGCAGUUCAAAAGCAUGUCAAAGUGCAAGUAAAUAAAUAGGUACCACUCCAGCAGGUAGGUAAAGCGGCUUAGUCAUGCUGACCACAUGACUCGGAAGCUGUACGCCGGCUCCCUUGGCCAAUAAAGUGAGAUGAGCGCCACAACCCCAGAGUUGUCCACGACUGGACCUAAUGUUUAGGGGUCCCUUUACCUUUAAGAAGAUCACGGGGGUGGGGGCAGAAAAAAGCUCAACAAAUUUUUGGAUGACCUCCCCCCCAAAAAAGCUCAACAUUUUUUGUUGAGCUGCUGAUUUUCUGGAUUUUCACUUUGUGAAAUAUGGCAACCCUUGUUUUAGUUCUGUACAAGGCCUUGACAUUUUGUGUUGGGGCAGUAUAGAAAUACUUUUAUAAAUGCAUGCAAUACAUAAAUGCAUAAAAUGAUGGCUUUGUAUGGUCUUCAGUGCCAGAGACAGUAUUCCUUGGAAUACCAGUUGCUGGGGAUCAUGAGCAGAGAUAGUCAUAUCGCACUCAUGUUUUGCUUGUGUGCUUCCUGAAGGUAUCUGUGGCCACUGUAACUAAACGGGCCUUUGAUCUAAUUCGCUAGGGCUCAGGUUCUUGUUAUGGGUUUAUUCAAGGUUUUUUUGCAGAUUGGGACUCCUAUCACACUUUGAAUAAGGAUUGGAGGCAGUGUAUGUUGCUUAUUUUAAAGAUUGCAGACCUGUUUAUCAAGAAGUAGGCCUUGUUGAACUUGAUAGAACUCUGGUGUGAAAUUUUUUUUAAAUUGGGCUGUGUGUUGGGUUAUCCACCUUGGUUAAUGAAGUGAAAGGCGAGAUAAAACUUCUACAAAGAAUCAUAGACUAGUAGAGUAGGAAGGGAUCUUGAACUAAAGCAUCCAUGGCAGAUGGCCAGACAAACAUUUGCAGCAGUAUACUAUAAUCAGUACAAUCCUUGUAAGAAACUCACUACUUUUAAUGCCCAGAAGGCCUAAUACUUAAUGCUCUUUCAGAACUGAAUGUGCUUUCCCGAUAAACAGUUAAUAUUUACUAGUGUUGUAUAUUUAAAAGUUACUUUUUACACUUUACAAUCAUUUAGCUUUUGUACUUUUGGAUUUAUGGGGAGAACACUGGUAAGCCAAGUGGCAUCAAUUUCAAUCCUUCUAGCUGCCCCUAAUCCUGUAUUGUCACUUCUCUCUUUGCAGAUGGAAUUGGAGUCCAAAGAGACUAUAAGCAAGCCUAUAAGUAUUUUAACUUGGCUUCUCAAGGAGGGCAUAUUCUGGCCUUCUAUAACUUGGCACAAAUGCAUGCCACUGGCACUGGUGUCAUGCGCUCCUGUCAUACUGCUGUGGAGGUAAGCAUUAACUCCCUUCCUUUGCAGACUUACAGGCAAGGCCUUAGCAAAGUCGUUGGAGGUACAAUCAAGCAGCAGUCUUUGCUCAUGGGGUUGAAUUUGCUUUAAGUGUUCUGACUGCUCUGGGUGGGAUUCAUCUAAUGAGUUCCAUCAGCAGAAGCCCACAUGAGGACUUCCACUUGCACGGCGGGGCUUCUCUCCCCCACAUGCCCUCUGAAAUUGUCUCUGAGAACUCCCAGAACAGCAUCCGGAGGAUGGAAAGAGGGAGACGUUGCAUUUGGCAGGUUGCAAUGCUUGUGCUGAUGGAGCAAUCCACAUAGAGGGAUGUUGAAUUCCUCCCUCUUUGUUAGAUCUGUACUCUUUUCGGUGCAUGCUAAAAAUAAUUUUAUUUAUAUAGUCUACCCAUAUCCAUACAAUGUUGAUAUGUGUUUUAACCUGUUUUUAGUUUAUUGCUGAUUUAAAUUAUUUGAAUGUACAGUAACUGUUUUACCAAUAAUUUUAUGGGUUUUUUCCCUCUUUGAGGGUUUUUUCACAAUUAAGUGGUGUCUAAGUUUUAUUUCAGUUAUGCUUUUAUAAGGAUUUAUAAAAAUUAUUUUUAGCAGAUUGCUGGUCUUUGAAGAAUAAAGUCUAUUCUUCAUCUGAGUUGUACAAGGUUGUCCUUAAAUUUCAGUCCACUUUAAAAACAUGAACACUUUCUAAGUUAAACACUUUCCACUAGAAUUUAAUAUAAAUUAAGAUGAACACUUCUAAGUCAAUAACUUGAGAGCAACAAAAUAUGGUUAUAUAAAUCUGAGGUCUUUAAAGCUGGGAUGGGGAAUUUGUUACCUUCCAGAUGCUGUUGGACACCAAUUUCCGUCAGUCCCAGCCAACAUGCCCAAUGGUCAGGGAAGAUGGAAUUUGUCAUCCAACAACAUCUGGAAGGCUGUAUGUUCCCCAUCCCUGCUUUAAAGUAAACUUGGCAGAUAAUUUGUGCAACAGGUGAAUUCCUGAAUGAAUUUUUAUGUAGUGUUUGUCACUCGUUUCCCUGCUGAAUGGCUGUGCACCCUGAUCCUUUUAUGCCUUGAUGCAUUCUGAAUCUCACAAAUGAAGGGUCUGCAGGAAAACCUGUUUGUGUCUCCUCAAUGUAUUCUAAGUGGUUAGCUUAAAAAGUUACAGCUGUAUUGUGUGUGUUCUCUGCAGCUGUUUAAGAACGUGUGUGAACGAGGCCGUUGGUCUGAGAAGCUUAUGACUGCCUACAACAGCUAUAAAGAUGGCGAUACGAAUUCUGCUGUUGUUCAAUAUCUGCUGUUGGCGGAACAAGGCUAUGAGGUUGCACAAAGCAAUGCUGCCUUCAUUCUUGAUCAAAGUAAGGGAUUGGACUACAUCUUGUAUACAUUACUGGCUUGGUGCUGAUUAGCUAUGCUGUGAUUUUUAGCACCGAAGGUGGCUUCAAAUGUAAUGAUACGCUUCUGGGGUUAGAAAUAACCAACCUGAAACAGCCAGCUUCUUGACAAAUCAUGAGUUAUAACUUAAACAGAAUAAUUUAUAUAUGUUCCAUUAUGGAUAAAAUCAUAGAAUGCUAUAGUAAAAAUGUCCCUUCAUUCCCCCCAAAUGCCUGUCCAAACUGAGACCUUGCACUCAGUGAAGGUUGGUCCAUUAGUGCAAAUGGGACACUGCUCCACUAAGCUCAGCCAACUUCCCACCUGCUUGCCUUCUUCCUUACAUCCCAUCCAGGGAGCUUCCUUCUCCUUAAUCUCAGUGAGGAUGGGGACAAACCUAGAAUGAGUUAACUCUGCCUGCCUUUGACUCUGGUUCCACCUACUGUUGGCCCCUCUCUGCCUUCCCCCCUACUAGUUUCAUUGGGCACCAACCAUUGGGCUUGCGCUUCUUCAGAGAUGUCCAGGAAGUCAGUAUUUUGCAUGUGAAGCAGUCACAAUGCACAGAUUUCAUAUGCUCUUGCUUGUUGAAACUUAAUGAAUGGGUGCUAUUGAAAAGACGAUCUGUGUUAAUCUUGGGCAACGUAGUGGGAUUGUUGGGCUUUUUAGGUAAUCGCUGAAGUACAUAACUGUUUAAAUUGACCCAUUAUCAUGCCACUCUUAAGCAAGCUUCCUAUUGAAAACUAGUAUAGGCACCGUGUGUGUUCCAUCACCAUGGCAUUCUAUCCCAGUGUUUUUGCGGCUCUAAAUUUAAAGUAAACCACAGGCCAAAAUAUCAGUUAUGGAGAGAAUUCUUCUCCCACUGGACCAGAAUUGCAGUUUUGGGAGGAGGGGAAGAAACAGGAUUAUAAUAUAUUAUUUUUAGAAUAGAACCAGGGCCUGCUGUUUUUCAGCAUUUUUCAGGUCAGUAAGGAAACACUGGGAAGCCUCCUCUCCAACCAGGGAGGGUAGGUGUUCUUGCUGCCUUUGGAUAUUUGAGGGUUUUCAAGCCUUGCUCUUACGGGAUUGCUUCCGAAGAGAAGAUUUCAUGAGUGGAAACAUUUGUUUUAUUUUUAAAUAUGUUUUUCCCCAGGCUGUUAGAUGCAGAAUGGCAUCUUGCACAGAGAACACAGGGGCAGAAAAUCAGUCCCAUGAAGGAAAGUGUAAAACACAAACCCACCAUCUAUGCUUGCUGGUGUGCGGGGGCCUAGUGUAAGCUCCUGAUUUUGGUAGGUUCUUGCCACCAACCACUGUGACCAUCAGGGUCUGGCAGACUAGAUGCAGGCAAGGGGUGGUGACUGUGUGAUGUGAAUGACAGAAAUCAUUUGGUUAACUUUGUGCAGCAGAACUAGGAGGCUGUGCCCACCCCUACUCACCUGAAUCAUGUGGGUACUUAAUCCUUUGGAAAUUAAAUAUGACUUGUGUGUUUAAUUCUCCCAACAUUUAUUCUAAUUCCUCAGAAGAGGCCAGCAUAAUAGAAGAGAAUGAGACUUAUCCCAGAGCCUUACUGCACUGGAAUAGAGCAGCCUCCCAAGGUGAGUCAUAGCUCAAAUUCUCUGGUUCCUCGGCCAUAGCACACAUGAGGAAUCCUUGUGGCAGUUUCCUGAUUAGACUGGUAUUGCUGCUGUGUCUGUUCAGUAGCUGGAAGCAGAUCGUGAAUAGGUUAAAGUCUUGCUUUGUGCCACCUGAAUCCUCUCUUCCCUGCAGCCACAUUUCUCUGACUAUUGCAAAAUACAUUCAGAUCUAAGAAAUCUUGCAUAUUACAGAGCUGAACUGAUACUGGGUCUGCUUUUGCCAUGUCAUUGCACUUGGCUCAUUGCGCAGUAGCUGCUGUAAUCACCUAGAUCCCAAACUUAGUCAUUUCUGAAAUGAAAUUUCUGAAGGCUACCGUAUUCUCAGGGUGCAUUUGCAUAACGGGGCACGUGUGUUCAGCUAAAUACUGCAGAAUCAAAUUCUGUCCAUAGUGCCAGAAAAUCUUGUGGUGAAAUGAAAUUCCCUGUACAGUUGGUUAUUGGUCUGGGACAGAAACCUACAAACCCUGGCUAACUGAAAGAAAUGUGCCAUAUAGCUCACUCUUCUCUUCAUCGUGGUUGUUCUUUUGCUGAUAGGUUACACUGUUGCUCGACUGAAACUUGGCGAUUACCAUUUCUAUGGCUUUGGAACUGAAGUUGAUUACGAAACAGCAUUUAUUCACUACCGCCUGGCAACGGAGCAGCAGCACAGUGCCCAAGCUAUGUUCAACCUGGGCUAUAUGCAUGAGAAAGGACUUGGUAUCAAGCAGGUGAGCCACCUUGGGAGACAUGGUCGUUGUGAAAUUUGUUGCAGCAAAAUUUCCAGUAUGGUCAGUUGUAAGAAUCUCUUGCCAUCUACUGAAGGCAUUUGUACAUAAUGCACUGGGCGGCAGGUGGGGAGGGGAGGACUUUGCAACCUGACUAAAUGGAGACAAGUUUACCAUUAAUGAAAGUGCCUUGCAUAUUUAUUAUGCAAUAUAUUGGGGUGGGGGGGAAUAUCAGCUUCCUGCUGUUAUUUAGAAGUUGGCACCAACAAGUUCAAGUUAAUUGCUUUUGUCGUUCACAAAUAUAUUUUAAUUGUAUGUAUUUUGUAGGAUAUUCACCUCGCAAAACGCUUCUAUGACAUGGCAGCUGAUGCUAGUCCAGAUGCUCAAGUUCCAGUCUUCCUUGCACUCUGCAAACUAGGAAUCAUUUAUGCCUUCCAGUAUGUACAAGAAACCAAUGUAAGUAAUGCAGAGCUUUUAUAGGAAAAGAAUGAUACUGAAGGUACUUGGAUGGUGGUGCAUUCCUGGUCAUAAGUACCUCUCUUCCCCUUCUUCUGUGUGACUGGCUUGAAGUAUAGAUUUGUAAUUGGAAACAGCUUUAAGGUGCAGGAACACUUGCCUGUAGAUAGAACAGUUUCUGGCAAUGUGAAGUUUUCAGGUUGGAGGUUAAUGUUUGUCCUUGGCUUCUGUCCCACUUCGCCUGUAAAAGUGUUUCCUUGUCACACUUGCUCCCAUUCAGCUAGCGAAGUAGACUAUACCCAAAAUUGAGGGACGUGGGUGGCACUGUGGUCUAAACCACUGAACCUCUUGGGCUAGGUGAUCAGAAGGUCAGCGGUUCGAAUCUCCAUGAUGGGGUGAGCUCCUGUUGCUCUGUCCCAGCUCCUGCCAACCUGUUGUUGUUGUUUAGUCGUUUAGUCGUGUCUGACUCUUCGUGACCCCAUGGACCAGAGCACGCCAGGCACUUCUGUCUUCCACUGCCUCCCGCAGUUUGGUCAAACUCAUGCUGGUAGCUUUGAGAACACUGUCCAACCAUCUCGUCCUCUGUCGUCCCCUUCUCCUUGUGCCCUCCAUCUUUCCCAACAUCAGGGUCUUUUCCAGGGAGUCUUCUCUUCUCAUGAGGUGGCCAAAGUAUUGGAGUCCCAGCUUCAGGAUUUGUCCUUCUAGUGAGCACUCAGGGCUGAUUUCCUUAAGAAAGGAUAGGUUUGAUCCUUAAGAAUGGAGCCUGCCAACCUAUCACCAGAUAAAUAGGUACCGCUGCGGUGGGAAUGUAAACGGUGUUUCUGUGCGCUCUGCUUUCCAUCACAGUGUUCUGUUGCUCCGGAAGCGGUUUAGUCAUGCUGGCCACUUGACCCAUAAAGCUGUCUGUGAACAAACAGUGACUCCCUCGGCCUGAAAAUGAGAUGAGUGCUGCAACCCCAUAGUCACCUUCGGCUAGACUUAACCGUCUGGGGGUCCUUUACCUUUUACCUUUUUUUACCCAAAAUUGACCCACUGCCCCUGUUGCAGUGCCUGACAUCCUGGUGUUACCCUGGUUGACUGAGUUCUUAGGUAGUAAUCCAGACUGUUCAUGUUUUCACAAGACCCUUAUUCAUCAUUAUACUGGAGAGUCCUUUGAAAUCUGCAGGAGUAGCCAGCAUGGUGCUGUUAGAAAACCCACAAGUGAAGCAUGAAGGCAGUUUCCAUCCCAUGCUGUCCCUUCCCCCACAGCAUCCAGAACUGGUAUUCAUUGUCAUAACUCCUCUGACAAGGGAGACUCCAUUUAGCCAUCAUUACUAAUAUCCAGCUAUCUAUGGGGUCCUUAGGCUGCAAAACCAUCAAGCAGGUCAGGGUUAUGACUCCUUUUUCUUGUUCAUUUCAACUGGUAGUACUCCCAUUGGAUAGGGACUCUUAACUUGGCCUGUUUUCAGGAAAGCCCUGGGGCACUUCAUUUUUGCCCCUUAGAAAUGGGCCUUCAUAUUUCUCUUGCACUCUGCUACAGUCAACUGGGGUUUAAUCAUGAAGCAGUAAGCUGCAGGAAUGCCAAGCUGAAGCUGUGCACUCAUCCCACCACCUUUCAGACUGAUCACUUUAUAUUCCUGUUGAGGAAGAGUGGGAGAGAAGUGUUCCCAUGGGUGUUGCAGAGCUGUAGGUGGUGGUAGCCAGUGGGCAGGUAUAAAAUUUAACUCGAGUUAAAAAUAAAACUUGCAGCACAUGUAAUACAUGGGAGGUGAAAUACACUAAACAGCUUUCCAGGGUCCUUGAAGAAAGAACAUAACCUGGCUGCAAGGUUGCCACAGAUAAGUUGCCCAUCAAAAAGGCAAGGUUUGACACUCAGUAACAUUCUUGUUCAGGGAUGCGGGUGGCGCUGUGGUUUAAACCACUGUGCCACUUGGACUUGCCGAUCGGAAGGUCGGCGGUUCGAGGCCCCGCGACGGGGUGAGCUCCCGUUGCUCGGUCCCAGCUCCUACCAACCUAGCAGUUCAAAAGCACACAGUGCAAGUAGAUAAAUAGGUACCGCUCUGGCGGGAAGGUAAACAGCGUUUCUGUGUGCUGCUCUGGCUUCGCCAGAAGUGGCUUAGUCAUGCUGGCCACAUGACCCGGAAAACUGUCUGUGGACAGACGCCAGCUCCCUUGGCCUGUAGAGCGAGAUGAGCGCCGCAAUCCUAGAGUUGUUCGUGAGUGGAUUUAACUGUCAGGGGUACCUUUACCUUUAUCUUUUAGCAUUCUUGUUCACAUAAGGGGCAGGAAGCUAUUGAAAUUGUGGACAGCAGCUGAGGACUGAAUGCCUCUCGCUUUAUCUGUUUUUUGUUUAGAUCAAAGAAGUGUUCUCACACCUUGACAUGGACCAGCUCUUGGGACCUGAGUGGGACCUUUACCUCAUGACCAUCAUUGCUUUACUCUUGGGCACAGUCAUUGCUUACAGGCAGAGGCAGCACCAGGCAAUUCCCAGGCCGGCAGGGCCCCGGCCAGCUGUUCCUCUCCAGGAUCCUCCCCCAGAGCAUCAGCCACCGCAAUAG